UAGGAACAAUAUAUGCUUUCUCUAUCGUUCUCUAUGGGUGGGAGCUUUCCAAACUUUUUUUUUUAUAUCUCCCUGUCAUCACAUGAACAUUGAAGAAGUGACUGGUUGCGACUUCAACUGUUUGUUGUUGUAGCUUUCAUUUAUAACCACAUUUUCAUAGCAUUUGUCCUACAGAAUGCGUUCCCUUGGACUGUGUUGUUUGAUGUUGCAUGUGAUCGUUGUUUGUUCCACGGAGUUGACGUUUGAGUUACCUGAUAACGACAAGCAAUGUUUCUAUGAAGAGCUCCAGAAUGGAGUGAAGUUUGACCUAGACUUUCAAGUGAUUGCAGGAGGGAACUAUGAUGUGGACUGCUUUGUAACAGAUCCAGUGAACAACGUCCUGUAUCAGGAGAGGAAGAAGCAGUACGAUAGCUUCUCUCACACCACCACUAUGAAAGGAACCUACAAGGUCUGCUUCAGCAAUGAGUUCUCUACCUUCUCCCACAAGACCAUCUACCUGGACUUCAGGUCUGGAGAGGAGAGACCCCUACUGCCUGACAUGAACAGAGACACAGCCCUAACACAGAUGGAGUCGGCCUGUCUGUCCAUCCAUGAGAUCCUGAAGGUAGUGUCUGACUCUCAGACCUGGUAUCGGUUAAGGGAGGCUCAUGACCGCAUCAGAGCAGAGGACCUCCAUGAGCGUGUGUCCUAUUGGUCGAUAGGAGAAACUAUAAUCCUUUUCACUGUCAGCAUUGGACAGGUUCUCAUUCUCAGGAGCUUCUUCAGCGACAAGAAGGGCAGUGUUGCAGCCAACACAUAGGUCCCACCAUAUUAUUAUAUAUAUGAUACAUUCUAUAAUACUGGGUUAGUGUUUCAGCCAACACAAGAUAUUGUAUUAUAGGUCAUCUGCAACUAGACUGUAACCUACCUUCAUACCCCACAACAAACUGUAGUCCUAUACAGUUAUAUUAAGACUCUAGCUUGUGGAUUCUAGCCUCUGAAAAUGAAAUACUGUGGUUGCAACAGCUGUUUAGUGAUUUCAAUCAAACGGUUAGCAACCUAACACAUCUGUGGUACACCAAGCCUUUAUUUGUUUUUGUCUCAGUGUACAUCAUUAAUUUGUGCUAUGACAUUAAUUUAUUGUGUGUAAAACAUUUUGUCUGUCUCGCCCUCUCUCUUGUACACAGUCACACACACCAUAACCCCACAAUUUGAUUUCCAUUUGAAAUCCUAUUUUCCCUUUCCUUAACCCCAACCCCUAAGCUUAAAAUAGCCUUUGUCCUUGUGGGGAUGUGGUAAAUGUUCCCACAUGGGAGAAUUUUCCUUGUUUUACUAUCCUUGUGAGGACUUUUGGCAAUUCCUGGGCCACUUGAAGAUAGGGGUGUGUCUUGACUAUCAUUAAAGUCAAUAAUGUUAUAUUAUCAA